AUGAGAGUUUCUGAAAUUUUAGUACAUUCAUCUUGUUUGCGAUUAGUGUUCAACUUGCAACGAGAUGGCGCACGUUUCAUUGUCGAGAAGUAUAUCCCGAGUACUUUAGCAAUGAUGUUCGCAUGGGUUGCUCCUUAUGUACCGUAUAAUUACGAAGAAGUUCGUAUCAUCACCCCGAUUACAGUACUGUUAACGUUAGUUCAAAUGGAGAAAGGCGAUCAAGAGAUUCGAACAAGUUACGUAACCUCAAUGGACAGGUGGUUCGCAGCAAUGAAGACGUUCAGUGUGCUAUCAUUAUUGGAAUCGUUGAUUGUUUUAGCACUGAUCAAACGAAGUCGAACAAUGGUAUUUUUGAGCACAUUUUUGAUUCAUUUCACAUAG